UCAACCAGUGGCAGCUUGGCAAUUGCUAAGUCUAAUGCUGCCAACAAAAGCAAGGAGCCAGGCCAAGUGUCGUCAGUGAAUGAGGACUAUCGAUUUGUUGAGGAGCCAUCAGAUGACUUCUUCUGUCCAGUGACAAUGGGUCUUCUGCUCCAACCUCACCUCACAUCAUGCUGUGGUAAUCAUAUCUCAGAGGAAGCUGCCAGCAGAAUACAGAGAGAGGGAGGGGCAUGUCCCCUGUGCAAGGAGGGGGAUUGGAGCACAGUGUUGAAUAAAUGCUUCCAGCGUCAAGUGAACUAGCUGCGUGUGUUCUGUCGCCACGAGGACAGGGGGUGUGGCUGGCAGGGAGAGCUGGCUGCCUUUCACCAUCACGUCAACUCUUGUCCAAUGA